AGCCGUCAACCAUGGUGCCACCAGCCAGCUCAGAAGCCCAGAUGGUGCAGUCGCUGGGCUUCGCCAUCUACCGCGCCCUGGACUGGGGGCUGGACGAGAGCGAGGAGCGCGAGCUCAGCCCGCAGCUGGAGCGCCUCAUCGACCUCAUGGCCAACAGCGACUCGGAGGAUGGCAGCUGCGCGGCCGCGGAUGAGGGCUACGGAGGCCCCGAGGAGGAGGAGGAGGCCGAGGGCGGCCCCCGCGCAGUGCGCACCUUCGCCCAGGCCAUGCGGCUCUGCGCGGCCCGCCUGACCGACCCGAGGGGCGCGCGGGCGCACUACCAGGCCGUGUGCCGAGCGCUCUUCGUGGAGACGCUGGAGCUGCAGGCCUUCCUGGCCAGGGUCCGGGAAGCCAAGGAGAUGCUGCAGAAGCUUCGCGAGGACGAGCCCCAGGUGGAGAAGCCGCAGGUGGAGCUCGACAGCCUGGGUCACACGGACUGGGCCCGGCUGUGGGUCCAGCUCAUGCGGGAGCUCCGCCACGGGGUGAAGCUCAAGAAGGUGCAGGAGCAGGAGUUCAACCCGCUUCCCACCGAGUUCCAGCUCACGCCCUUCGAGAUGCUGAUGCAGGACAUCCGGGCGCGGAACUACAAGCUGCGCAAGGUCAUGGUGGACGGGGACAUCCCCCCCAGGGUGAAGAAGGACGCACACGAGCUCAUCCUGGACUUCAUCCGCUCUCGGCCGCCGCUGAAGCAGGUCUCAGAGAGACGGCUCCGCCCGCUCCCGCAGAAGCAGCGGACGCUGCACGAGAAGAUCCUGGAAGAAAUCAAGCAAGAGCGGAGGCUGCGCCCGGUGGGCGGCAAGGGCUGGGCCGCUCGUGGAUUCGGCUCUCUGCCCUGCAUCCUGGACGCCUGCUCCGGAGAGGCCACCUCCACCUCCUGCAUCAACCUGUCCGUCCCAAACGCUGGGAGCGGCGUCCAGCGCCCGAGGCCCCGGGUGCUGCUCAAGGCGCCCACCUUGGCCGAGAUGGAGGAGAUGAACACGUCUGAGGAGGAAGAGUCUCCGUGUGGGGAGGUGACGCUGAAGCGGGACCGCUCGUUCUCGGAGCACGACCUGGCCCAGCUUCGCAGCGAGGUGGCCUCGGGCCUGCAGCCGGCCCCGCAGCCCCCGGGAGGGACAGAGCCCCCGCGGCCCCGAGCGGGCAGCAUGCACACAUGGAGGCCUGGCCCCCAAGACCAAGGCACGUGUCCCUGUGCUGGGAGUGUCCCGUCCCGGCCGGACCCCAGCCCCUCCCUACGCAGCAACCUGGGCUCCAAUGAGGACAGACCAGAGACUUCCGUGGCCCCAGAGGCCAAACACCUAUGGCUGGAGUUCAGCCACCCUGUGGAGAGCCUGGCCCUGACCGUGGAGGAGGUGAUGGACGUGCGCCGUGUGCUGGUGAAGGCCGAGAUGGAGAAGUUCCUCCAGAACAAGGAGCUCUUCAGCAGUCUGAGGAAAGGGAAGAUUUGCUGCUGCUGCUGGGCCAAGUUCUCACUGUUCUCGUGGCCACCUACCUGUCUCUUCUGCAAAAGAGCCGUCUGCACUUCUUGUAGCAUGAAGAUGAAAAUGCCAUCUAAGAAGUUUGCACACAUCCCUGUCUACACGCUGGGCUUUGAGAGUCCCCGGACGACAUCGACUGCCAAGACCACGCCGGCGCAGAGAAGAGACGUGUUCCAAUCCCUGCAGGGGCCGCAGUGGCGGAGUGUGGAGGAGGAGUUCCCCCACAUCUACACCCACGGCUGUGUCCUGAGGGACGUCUGCCGAGACUGCACCAGCUUCGUGGCCGACGUGGUGUGCUCCAGCCGCAAAAGCGUGGACGUCCUCAACACCACGCCGCGACGCGCCCGCCAGACCCAGUCCCUCUACAUCCCUAACACCAGGACUCUUGACUUCAAGUGAAGGCCCAGGGUGGCCAGGCCCCAGGGAGGAGCCAGGCUGAGACGCUGAGCAGCCCGCAGCCCUCCCGAGCUGUGCAUGUAUAUAUAUACAUAUAUAGAUACAUUUAUAUAACGCACACAGCCUAUAUAUUUAUAUACAUUGUUUCUGGCCCCAGAGUUCAUCCGGAUCAGGCUCACUGCAGGGCCCUCCUGGGGCAGGCUGUUUCCUCUCAGGACUCCUGAGGGGCACAGGGGAGGGAACGAAUGGGAAUGGUUUUUCCCACAGAGUGGGGAGUACAGAAGGUUCUGGAUUCAGGGAGUCCUGGCAUGGACUCCCCUCCCGUGUUCCAGCUCUCCUCUCCAUCACAGGAGUGAAAACACGGCAGCUUCCCCUCCCUGGGUUGACGUCUCGGUGGCGAUGGCACCUUGCUCCCAGGUGGACCAGGCUCCCUGAUACCCCUGCCCUCCCUUGGGGGUAACCAGGCAGCAGGGGCACCUGGGAAGACCCUGAGUGGGCAGGAUUCUCCGGAAGCAUCCUCUGCUUCCGUCUGGAAGGCUUGGGGCCCACACCCCAGCCACCCUGCAGCUCUGGGCUCUGCCACAGCUGGUGCUGGCCUUCCCGUGAGGUGCUGGCCCACGCGUCCCGGAGAUGCCGGGUGGUGCCGCACAGGGAGGAGCAGCUCCUUGAUUCCGCACACGUGGCCGCUUUUGGCCUAACAAAGGUCGUGACAGUCUUCUGUCUGGGUGUGCACCGAGGACUCACCCAGCUAUCGCAGUGGGCAUUUGGCCCAAGGCUGAAGGUGGGCUCUGGGGGCCACCUGCCCCUGAGGUCCAGGAACGGCCUCCUCAGCUCAGUACAGUCUUAGGGUGCCCAAGCUCAUUCCCAGCCCCUCCCCCCACUGGCUCCCUACCAACUCCAUGGGCCUGGCCGUCUUGGGCUGCAUGUGACACAGCUUAGGCCACGCUUGCCGGCCUCGGGGAUGCUUUGGUCUCGUUCCCAGAUCCCUACUCUGUUCUCCAGGGAGAUGAUUCACCUGGGUUCACAGGGGUGAGAGGUGCAACCUCAGCAGCUCAGGUAGGCCUGCGCUCACCACUCUGCCUGCUCACAUGCCCCAGGAGGUGGGUUCUGUCGUCAUCCUGCCUUAAGAUGAGGAAGCUGAUGCUCAACAAGGCGAAAGACUUUGACCAAAGACACACAGCUCACCCAGGGACACCUGGGACCUCAGUGGAGGCCUUUUGAGUCCAGGCUCCAACGCCUGCCACGGAGCCCGCAGGAGGCCCUGCAGGGACAGGACUUGUAACAGAUGGGCCUACGGGAGAGAAGUAUCAGCCAGGGGCCAGGAAAUUCCACAUACACAAAAUUAGAGCAGCCAAUAAAAACAGCCACCUCCCAGCACUUGUCUGAGCA